AUGGCGGGCGAAACUACCACAACACAGAUCAAGCUGCGUUCGGCAUGCAAUCAAUGCCAUUUUUCCAAGGUCAGAUGUAGUGGAGAGAAAACUGGGUGUAGUCGUUGUCUGAACCUAGGGUACACAUGUGUUUAUGUUGAGUCUCGCGUGGGAAAGGUGCAAGGAAAUCGAGCUCGACGUCAAGAGCCUGCCCCGUCCGAAGCCAGCAGCAUAGCAUCUCAGAACACGAGCACGGCCGAGCUCACUGCCAGCACCUCUUCUCCCUCCCACACAUCGACCGCGGCCACCAGCCCCGCCGUGAUCGAGCCAGGGUUUCCAGGACUUGCGCUCGACGAGUACAUCGUGUCGACCGAGGCCGGAGUUGCGGAGGAAGCCCUGCAUCACCUCAACGACACGUCGAAACCCGACGAAUGCUCGUUGCAGUGGGGAUUCGAGGACCUCCCUUCGGUAGGAAGCGGGGUGGAUUGCGCCUCCAAUGCGGGGAUACAUUUUCCUCACGACGCCACGGCCGACUCCAGAUUUGUCUCGAUGUUUCACGACUCCACCCCGUUGUCGCAUCCGGGCUCGUCACUCUUGUACGGCAGCCAUAGGGACCAGCCCCUACACCGUGGCGGCGGCCAUUCCCGUUCCCCGCUUCAACACUCUGGAAGUUCUACUCGCUUAUCAUCGUCUCAUGCGGAUCCACUCCAUGCCCACCGGCGCAGCUCGGUCCAGCGCAUGGUAAGCUGCGUGGAGUUGGUGGAUGGGCUCGAGUACUACAUUCACAUGCGGGUGAUGGCGAUUGACGAGAUCAUGCGCAUGAACAAACACUGCAUGACGCAGGUCCUUGGGUAUUUGGAUUGGGAAAAGAACAAUCCCAAUAUGAGCCUCCUCACAUUGAAUUGUCUGGUCGUCCACUAUGUAGUGACGCUCUUCGAAAGCGCCUCGACGCAGGUAUUUCUGUCCUCGUGCAACGUGCACGAAUCAUCUCCGGGCAGUCUAUCGUCGACCCACUUUGGAAACUACUGCCUCGACCCGGAUCAACAGAUCGACAUUCAGGUGCAGAUCUUCCUGAAGGAGCUGCAGCGAUGUAGUCAGCUUGUCGAUAUGCUGGCCAGCCAUGGCUCCCACCUUCGAGAUGGCUCUCACUAUUUCAGCUUAGUCUAUCCAGCUUGGUCUGAGGGACUACGGGCGAGGCUCUCGGCUCUCCGCGAGGCUGUGAAGACAAAAUGA